GAGCAGCAGAGAGCACUGAAGACAUCAUCGUCUUGGGAGGUGUUGGCCUGCUCUUGCAGGUCUUCACAAUACACGCCAAGAAUCUGCAGGUGCAGAUGCGGGCGUGCAUGUCAGCGACGAGCCUCACUGCACGAAGCACAGAGAUUCGAGGCCUAUUUGUGGAAGGCAAUCUCAUCUCGGUGAUUCUCGAGAUCAUGACCUUUCACCCAGGCUCGGACGAGCUGCAGAAGCUCUUCUUCGAGCUACUGGUAGGCCUCGUCGCCCACGGGCGAGAGGCCCGUGCUGCCGCAGUGGCCGGUGGUGGUUUGGAGGCCACGUGCCGCAUGCUCGAGGCCCAUCCGACUGCAGCUCCGAUGCAAGUGGAAGCGCUGAAGCUCCUAUGCGCCUUGGCCGACGGCGGCCCUCAUGUUCGAGCCAGGCUCGAGGAUGCUGGUGGCUUGCUGCUCACUUUGCAUGCCAUGGAG